AUGUAACAUUAAGGUGAUUUCAUGAUCAAUGUAUACUUACUAUCUUAUACAAGGCCGAUUUAAUUUUAAAAUAACUUCAAUGUCCUGUUUGCAUUAAUGAAUUUAAUAACCCAUUUCUAACUAAAUGUGGUCAUUGUUUCUGCUAUGUAAUUUAUCAAUUAUUUAAAAAAAGAAUUGCAUCGAAGAAGUCAUCAAUAGGUAUCAUAAAUGUCCCUUAUGCAACAUAGAAUUAAAUAAAGCAGAUCUCUUUAAAAAUAAUCAGAUUCAUCAAAUCAAAUGUAAUUUAUUCAUUAUUCACAAUAGAAAUAAUCGAUGAUCAAAAAAAAUAAUAAUUAUCCAAUAAAGUAAACAAUGUAUUUGGAGAUCAAAAUACCAAUAGUUUCUUGCCUGAUUACAAAAUGAUAUCAGAUGUAAGUUAAUCAUAUAAGCAAGAUAUUUAAAAAUGCUGUUUAAUAAAUGUACAAUUUAUAUGAGAGCAAAUACAUUGAUGCUAUAGAUGAAUAUAAAGCUAGAUAAUAGGAACUAAGAAUUGAUUAUUAACAAAAAGUGGAAGCUGAGAUAAAUGUAUUUUAACAAUAACGAAAUAUAGGAUUAAAUGAAAGAACAAAUAACUAACAAUUAUAAAGAGGCAGCUAAACAAAUUGAAAAUAGUUUUUAAUAAUUAAAAGAUUAUUAUGCAGAAUGUGUUUAUAAGACUUUACAUUAAUUUAAAUGCGAACAAAUUGAUGUAAGUAUAAAAAUUAAUUAAGAUUCUAAUCUAAAUUGUUUUACCUAAAUAAAAUAUACAAUUUCCAUGGCCAUUUAAAGUAAAUAAUAGGAUUAGUUCAAUUGCUGAAGUAAUUCAUUAAUAUUUUGAUAAAAAAAAUGAUCCUAUAUAGAAUUUCGAUCCUCAUAAAUUGAAAAUAGUAUUUUGCAAGCCUUAAGAUCUCUAUAAAAUUAAUCAAUAAGUAGUAAAGAAUGAUAUUGAUGUUAUUUCUCAAUAAUAUCAAAUAUAUCCUAUGAAUAGUGAGAUCUUUUUAGCAUCCUUAGGUUAGGUUAAAUAAGGUUCAAUUAUUGUUGUAAUUGGUGAUAUCAGUUUAAAGAGUCAAUAACCGAAGGAAUGCAUUACAUACAAAUUCAAUAAAGAUAGAUUAGUUGAUUACUUUAGUUGUUAACAAUGUAACAUACAUUGGGUUUGUUCAGUUUGCAAAGAUUUUUGUCAUCAAGGACAUCAAUUAAUUGUUUAUAGACAAUAAGUAAAACCAGAUUGGGCUUGUUGCUAUUGUGUAUCGAAGGGAUUCUGUAAGGCAUUAAAUAAAAAUAAUUAAUGA